AUGCAUAAUUACACAUCUGAGUUUCUUCUUUUGGAAUUCUCAAAUAUUUGGGAGCUACAGAUUGCAUAUGUAGCUUUAUUACUGAUACUGUAUUUAAUGACAUUAACAGGGAAUUUUCUAAUCAUCAUUGCAGUUGUUUCUGACCACCGCCUUCACAUCCCCAUGUACUUCUUCCUAAUGAAUUUAGCCCUACAAGACAUUGGUUCAGUUUCAGUCAUUAUUCCCAAAGCCAUUUUUAAUUCCCUUACAAAUACAAGGCACAUUUCUUACUCAGGAUGUGUUACUCAACUCCUCUUGUUUGUUUUCUUUAUGGGCUCUGACAUCGCUGUCCUAACUCUCAUGGCCUAUGAUCGGUAUGUUGCCAUCUGCAAUCCUUUACAGUAUGAAAUGAUAAUGAACAGAUCAGCCAGCAGCAAAAUGAUUAGUUGUGUAUGGAUCGCCAGCUUUCUCAAUUCUGUAAUGAACACUGUUGAAACUUUCAUUAUUCCUUUUUGCUCUAAUAUCAUCAAUCAGUUUUACUGUGAAAUCCAACAUUUACUUAAGAUUGCCUGUGCUGGAACACACAUAACUGAAAUUGGAGUUGUAUUGUUCAGUUCUACAUUAGCAUUUGGUUGUUUCAUAUUUAUUGUCAUUACCUAUGUGAAGAUUUUUGCUGCUGUUCUAAAAAUUCCUUCAGUACAUGGAAGGAAAAAGGCCUUCUCCACUUGCUUACCACACAUCACUGUCUUUUCCAUAUUUUUGUUUACUGCCUACUUUGCUUAUCUAAGGCCCAUAACAGACAAUCCCUCAUAUCUUGAUUUUGUGAUUACAGUAAUGUAUUCUGUUGUCCCUUCCAUGCUAAAUCCAUUAAUCUAUAGUAUGAGAAACAAGAACAUCAAAGUUGCACUUUCAAGAUUUCUUAGCCUGAGAGCAUUUUUCAAAAAAAACUAAUAAAUGAAAACUUUGUCUCCUAUUUCGGUUUUAGAUGCAAUUAGUAAGACCAAGCACAAGUUACUAAAAGAUGAUAAAAUGUAAC